UUGCACUGAAUUCGACACGAAUACGAUAAAACCCUAAGUUUGUAGUAUUGUACAAUGGAACCCAAUGUGACUAACAAAAAUAUCACUUGUUCGAGUCAAUGAUCUUUAAAUUUACGAAUGUGCAUGUGAGUAGCGGUACAAGCAACGCAGCGUGAAGUUCAGUACGAAGUUUAAAAUCAAGCGAUUAAGAAGAAUUGUACGCGGAAUAUCCGCCUGAAGGAAGAUGACAGAAAAGGAAAUGGAAAGACAGCAGAAUAACGCAUAUGAAAGUGGUGAUGCAACAGAAAAUGAGAUUGCAACAAACAAUGGUGUCAAUAAGGUGGAUAACAUUCAAUCUAACUUUGAAUACCAAAUGAGGGAACCAAAUGUGAAAAGCAGAUUUAAGCAAACGACACACACUGUUCUUAAGGUUGCAGCUCAUCUAAUUGUCGCGGGAUACUUCGCCUAUGCCACGUAUCACUAUAUCGAUGUCGCAAAUAACGACUGUAAUUCUAAUAACCCAAAUAAGCUGUGUGGAAUUCAAUUAUGCAAUGGAUAUGGGUUAUUGGUGCUGCUACUGGGAUUUGUUUACUUUGGUUUCUUUUACUUCAAAAUCUUGAAGCCAACUAUAGGUGCACCUCUAAAAAGACAGUAUAUCUACCCAUUUGGAAAAUGGUGGAAGCAUUUCAGUCGAAAAAGACUUGUCUCCACCAUCAUGCUCGCAAUCCUUCUUAUUCUGCUGAUGGUAUUUUUGUACUUUGAUACCAAGGACGAUAGAAACAAAUUGAAAUCGCUGUUGGCCCCAUGCGUUCUCAUACUGACUGGUUAUAUAUUUUCUUAUGACCGCAAAGCAAUCAAGUGGCGAACUGUCGUAUCUGGAAUAGCGUGGCAGUUUAUUUUAGGCGUGCUGUGCAUUCGUUGGGAAGUGGGCCGCAAAAUCUUUCAAUGCAUCGGCGAUAAAGUUGCAAGCUUUUUAUCGUUUUCUGAUGAAGGAAGUCGUUUCGUUUAUGGUGAUACGCUCAUCAAUGACUCCAUUUUCGCUUUUGCUAUUUUGCCCGUUAUAUUUUUCUUCAGUUUUUUUGUUUCAAUUUUACAAUAUUUGGGUGCUAUGCAAUGGGUAGUUAUGAGACUUGGAUGGUUAUUGCAACAAGUUUUGGGAACCACGGUUUGUGAAAGUGUUACAUCAGCAGCUAAUAUAUUUUUGGGCAUGUCCGAAAGCCCGUUGCUAAUUAAACCAUACCUGAAAAAGCUUACAGCCAGUGAAUUACAUUCCAUUAUGGCUUCUGGAUUUGCGACGGUUUCUGGAACGGUAUUAGCAGCAUAUUUGUCGUUUGGAGCUUCAGCAGCUCACUUAAUUACUUCAAGCGUUAUGGCAGCACCUGCAGCAUUGGCAUUUUCCAAACUAUACAUGCCCGAAACUGAAGAGAGUCAAACCACGUCAAAAAAUAUUCAAUUAGAGAAAUCAGAAGACUCAUCAAUUCUGGAUGCGGCAUCUAAUGGAGCUAAUAAUGCCGUACCCAUUGUAUUGGGUAUUAUAGCCAACAUUGUCGCCUUUGUUGCAUUUGUGGCCUUUCUAAAUGCCAUCGUUAACUGGUUCAGUUUUUUGGUGGGAUUGGAAAACAUUGAUUUUGAAUGGAUAUUUUCCAAAUUAUUUAUUCCAUUAGUUUGGGCUAUGGGUGUGCCUAACAAGGACUGUGAUAUUGUGGCAAAAAUUGUGGCUACUAAGUCUAUAAUCAACGAAUUUGUAGCCUAUGAGCGUUUGGGAGAAUACAUUAAAAAUGGCCAACUGGAAGCUCGCAGCAUUGGCAUAACGACAUUUGCCAUUUGUGGUUUCGCGAAUCCAGGCGCCUUAGGCAUACUCAUUGGUUCACUUAGUGCGAUGGCCCCAAAUAGAAGAUAUAUUAUAACAUCGGUUGCAAUGCGUGCUUUUGUUGUUGGCAGCAUAGUGUGUUUCGUAUCCGCCAGUUCUGCAGGCCUUUUACUACAAGAAGAAGAGGAAAGUCGGAUAUAUGCCAAAUUUCUUAAUGUGACUCAGCGAAAAAACAUAACCAUUGCAUUUGUUUAAACCUAAUAAAAUGCAUAAGUUUACAUACAUACAUAUACAUAUCUAUGAAUGUAUGUAUGUAUCAA